AUGGCCCCUAAUCACAUUCUGCGGGCCACAAUGCCCAUCCGAUCACUGGCAUCGCCAAUGGCCAUGACACGAUCAACAAUUCUCUCUUCCACCCGCCCAAUGACUCAAAUUCGAUCAGUCUCAAACGCAAAUUCUCCCACAGCUAAGACUACAAACCCAUCCACAAAAACACCCUCCACACCCAAUGAACUCCAGCGACCCGCCCUCCUCCGCAACUAUGCCUACACCCUGAAGACCGGAACCGUCGACUCAGUCGGACGCAUGGAGCGCACUGUUAGCGUUGUUCAGCGCCAUUCAAUCUGGGAUAAGCAUAUUGGAAAGUACUAUCCCAAGGAAACGCGGUACCUUGUUUCGGACCCGCGCAACUCGCUCCGCAAAGGCGAUGUCGUCGAGUUCUCGUCUGGAGCUCCUAAGAGCCGCCGCGUGCACCACGUCAUUGAGCGUAUCAUUACUCCUUUUGAGGUGCCUAUUGAGGAUCGACCAGCUGUUCUGUCGCGUGAGGAGCGCCAGCAAGAGCGUGAGGGUCGCUGGGCGGAGAAGUAUCUCCGUCGGGAGUCGACGCGACUAGGCGAGGAUGUCGAUAUUGUUGCUCGGGUUGCUGCUAUUGUGGGAAAGGAGGAGGCUCAGAAGCUCUCUGUUGCUGAGUCCAUUCAUCGUAUUCAUCGGGGUCGGGAGCGUGUCGGGAAUGUUAAGGCUUUGAUUUCGAAGAGACCCCCGCCUAACUUGAAGAAGCUUGGGAAGAAAUAA